AGCUGCUCUAUUCAGCCGCCUUCCAGAAAAGAGGAAGCAGCGCGUUUGAGAGCGGUUCGCUGCAGUACAAGGAAUUUGGACGCUGCAAGCCCUGAAUUUGACCACAGCCAGAAGUCUUCAAGCUCAAGCGUUAUGCUGAAGUAAGAUUUGCUGCAUAGGUUGCAAAAUGACAAGUGUUGUAAAAGCUUUCACAUGUUCUACAUGUGGCAUUGCUGUGAAAACAGUGAAAGGCUGUGUAAAUCAUCAAGAAUUGCUCAAAAAUGAAGCACGUGGUACAUAUGCCUGUUGUGUAGUUGGGUGCAAAUUAAGGUUUACAAAAUGUCAUUCUUUCAAAAGUCCUAUUUAUCGCCACCAUAGGCAGUCAUCUGUGUCAGUGUGAAGCUGUUCAGGGCCCACUGAUAUGUGAAAAUAGUCAUUGCCAGAAACAAUGCAUUGAUCUGAAAGAUCUUUUAGAUCAUUUGAAAUGGCAUGUUUCAAAGAAAGAAGAAGUGAGGUGCCCAUUCAGAGGUUGUGGCAAAGCCUUUUCAUCAAGGUCCUCUUUUACUGCACACAUUUGUAGAAAGCAUAAAAAUGCUACAUCAGCGCAGGUCUCAGCUACCCCUUUUGUUCAUUCUGUGUCUAGCCAGUCUUCUGAUGUUGCAGAAAGUCAGUUGGAUGAAAGCGUUGUACAUGACGAGCCCGAGGAUACCCUAGACCAAGCUGAUAUGAAAGGGUUAUGUAUGAGAAAUUUGUGUAUGUUUUACAUGAAGUUGCAGGCCAAGUACCUCGUACCUUCUUCCACCAUUCAGAUGAUUGUGGAAGAAGUAGUCUUAAUAGUGUCUGUCACCAAUACACAAGAAAUCAAAUGAAAGGUGUCCUGCAAGCUACUACCAGCUUGACAGUCAGAAAUGAAAGAUGUUUUGACAGGUUUAAAUGACACUAGUUUGCAUGCAUCCUGUAGCCCUGCAAUCUCUACUGAGUAUUUGAGAAGGCAGUAUUUUCAGACAAACUUCUCUUAUGUGCAUCCUCAAGCUAUUAGUUUAGGCACUGAUGGAAAAUAGAAACAAACGAUUUGCUCAGUAUAUCCCCAUGAAAGAGACUUUGGAAGCUUUGCUUAAAGACCUAAUUGUGUGGCAGGAAUGUACAAAGUCUGUAGAUGAUGCUUCUGCACAUGAUCUAAAUGAUGUGAGUGAUGGCUCUGUAUACAAGAGUAACUCACUGUUUAUGGAGUCAGGUAUAAGUCUAAAGCUCAUACUGUAUCAAGAUGCCUUUGAGAUUGUUAAUCCUCUUGGGUCAGCCAAAAAAAAAUACAAGAUACUUAGGGUUUACUUUACACUGGCCAGCUUUGACCCAUUUUAUCGUGCCAUUGUUGAAAAUGUACAGCUCUUGCUCUUGUGUAGAGAGGUAGAUUUUAAAUAUUUUGGCCAUAUUAACGUGUUCUCCACAAUGCUGUCAGAUAUCAAGGAACUGGAGACAAAUGGGCUUGUGAUAUCUGGGCAUGUUGUUAAGGCAACGGUUUUUUGCAUUGCUGGAGAUAAUUUGGGGUCUCACAAUAUAGGAGGUUUCACAGAGGAUUUUAGUGCGUCCACAUAUUUCUGUAGGUAUUGCCUUGUAACAAGAAGUGAGCUCCAUGAUUUUCAAAAAUGUGCCCCACCCCGAACAGUGCAAAAAUACAAAGAGGCAGUAGAAGAGGUUCAAGCUGGUGCCCUGACAGAAAGCAGAGGUUUGAAAUUUGAUUCACUUUUUAAUUCCCUCACCUACUUUCAUGUCUGUCAGCCUGGCCUCCCACCUUGUAUUGUUCAUGAUGUGUUUGAAGGAAUUGUGGCGUAUGAUUUAGCCAUUUACAUCAAGUACUUCGUGAAAGUAAAGAAAUUCUUCACAUACAGUCAGCUAAACCGGAGAAUCAGGCAGUUUAGCUAUCAGGGAUCUGAUGCCGCUUCUAGUCCCUCAGAGGUUGUUGAAAAGCGAGUUAAAAUAGGUGGCCAGGCAACAGAGAACUGGUCUCUUCUGAGGCUCCUUCCUGUUAUAAUAGGUGAAAAGAUCACAGACACAGAUGAUCCAGUAUGGCAGCUAACAGUUCAACUAAAAGAACUUGUGGAAUUCAUCUGUGCUCCUCGAAUAUCUCUCUCUCUCAAGAUGUUUUGCUUAAUGUUCUCAUUGUGGAGUAUCUGGAGACAAGAAAAAAGAUGUUUCCUGAUCAUAAACUCAAUCCAAAGAACCAUUACAUUGUCCACUAUCCAGCUUUGA